AUUUCAAACAUUUACAUUUGAAAUUGGGCAAUACUUAAUGACAAAAUGCUUUUUCUUUUUUGCAGUUGGAAUUAUGGCACAUGUGGAUGUUGUUGCUAAAAUCGAAGAAAGCUUCAGCAAAUUACAGGAAGCAAAAGAUUGCCAUUCUCUGCUCAAGAAGCAUUUAUCAAAAGCUAUCGUUGAUCAAUUGAAAGAUAAAAGGACAAAACUUGGUGCAACACUUCUGGAUGUUAUACAGUCCGGUGUAGCGAAUCUUGAUUCUGGUGUAGGCGUGUAUGCACCAGAUGCUGAUUCAUACACUCUGUUUAAACCACUGUUCGAUCCAAUCAUUGAGGAAUAUCAUAAUGGCUUCGGAUCAAAUCAGAAACAACCGGAAACCGACCUUGGCGAGGACAAAAUAAAUUUGCUCGCUGAUUUGGAUCCGGAAGGACAAUACAUCAACUCAACAAGAGUACGCUGUGGACGUUCUCUUCAAGGUUACCCUUUCAAUCCUUGUCUUACGGAAGAAAACUACAAAGAAAUGGAAAAUAAAAUCAAAAAGGUUCUAUGCGGAUUCUCCGAUCCAGAAUUGAAAGGGACGUAUUAUCCGUUGGCUGGAAUGACAAAAGAUAUUCAAAAACAACUUAUUGAAGAUCACUUUUUGUUCAAAGAAGGUGACAGGUUCUUGCAAGCUGCAAAUGCCUGCCGAUACUGGCCAACUGGGAGAGGUAUUUACCACAAUGAAAGCAAAACUUUCCUGAUAUGGAUCAAUGAGGAGGAUCAUCUACGCAUAAUAUCCAUGCAAAAGGGUGGUAAUGUUGGACAAGUAUUGGAACGACUCAUUAAAGGUUUGAAGACCAUUGAGAAAAGUUUACCGUUCUCCAGAGACUCACGUCUCGGUUGGCUUACUUUCUGCCCAACAAAUUUGGGUACUACGAUACGUGCAUCGGUACACAUACGUCUUCCAAAGAUUAGUGCAAAGCCGGAUUUCAAGAAGAUAUGUGAUGGACUGAAACUUCAAAUACGUGGUAUACAUGGAGAACAUUCCGAAUCAGCAGAUGGUGUUUACGACAUCUCAAAUAAAGCUCGUCUUGGAUUGACGGAAUUUGAGGCUGUGAAACAGAUGCAUGAUGGUGUGAAACAGCUCAUCGAGAUGGAAAGGAAGGCUUAGAUAAAACGCUUUCCCUUUCUUAACCAGUAUUUCUCAUUUCCAGUUUAUUUCAUGAAUUUCAUGUGAUUCUUAUUUCUUGGUUUGAUUUGUAAUUUAUAAUUCAUGAAAAUCUUUUAAUUCUUAGGUUUUUAUAAUUUCUAGAUUUUUUAUAAUUUUUAGGCAUUUUUCAAGUUUACAGAUUCUUUAUAAAAUAAGGAGCAAUGUGUAAAAUUGGGAUGUACCUUCCAAAAAAAAU